UAUAUUGGGGAUAUCCGUAUUUAUAGAAGCUUUAAUUUUCGUGCUUAUCCUAAUUGUUGGUUCAGUUUAUGCAUGGCGAAAAGGGGCAUUAGAAUGGUCUUAAUUCUUGAAUAUUUAGAUAAUAAAAAAAAAACAUUUAGACAGUUAUGAAUUCCAUUGAGUUUCCCUUACUUGAUCGAACAACCCAAAAUUCAGUUAUUUCAACUACAUUAAAUGAUCUUUCAAAUUGGUCAAGACUAUCCAGUUUAUGGCCGCUUCUCUAUGGUACCAGUUGUUGCUUCAUUGAAUUUGCUUCAUUAAUAGGAUCACGAUUCGACUUUGAUCGUUAUGGACUGGUACCGCGAUCUAGUCCUAGGCAGGCAGACCUUAUUUUAACAGCGGGCACAGUAACUAUGAAAAUGGCUCCUUCUUUAGUUAGAUUAUAUGAGCAAAUGCCCGAACCAAAAUAUGUUAUUGCUAUGGGAGCCUGUACAAUUACAGGGGGUAUGUUCAGUACCGAUUCUUAUAGUACUGUUCGGGGAGUUGAUAAGCUAAUUCCCGUGGAUGUCUAUUUGCCAGGCUGUCCACCUAAACCAGAGGCCAUUAUAGAUGCUAUAACAAAACUGCGUAAGAAAAUAUCUCGAGAAAUCGAUGAAGAUCAUAUUAGGUCUCAACAAGAAAAUAGGUGUUUUACUACGAACCACAAGUUUCAUGUUGAACGCAGUACUCAUACCGGCAAUUAUAAUCAAGGGUUUUGA